UGAAAACCCGAUCGAUUUCUCCGCUUUUUGUUAGCCUCUGUGAUGAGUUUCCUCAGAGGUAUAAUAGAUUCCUUCAGCUCAAUUUUUAGAGAAGACGGCAAUCCCUACGAACCUAAGCAGGGCCCAGCCGUCUCGAGUUCGGGAUCCAUGGACGGUGUUGUUGUUGAAGGAGCUCCGGUUUCUAACGAACGAACUGCUUAUAAGCUCAAGGGCUACUUCGAUUUGGCGAAAGAGGAGAUCGCCAAGGGUGUUAGGGCUGAAGAGUGGGGUUUGCACGACGACGCGAUUCUCCAUUACAGAAACGCUCAGAGGAUCCUGAUCGAGGCCGGUUCAACGCCUGCCCCUUCGUAUGUCAGUUCUAGCGAGAAAGAGAAGGUGAGAUCGUACCGGCAGAAAAUUUCCAAAUGGCAGAAUCAGGUUUCGGAGAGGUUGCAAGCUCUGGGCAAGCGAGCAGGUGUUGGCACAUCUGUGAACAAGAGCACCAUAGCAUCUGCUCAUUCAGCUUCAGUAUCCUAUACAGCAUCAAAGUAUGGAAGACGAUCAUCAGAAAAGGCUCCACAUCCCAGUGGAAGCAAUGUAGCGGCAAGGAAUCAGAAAGACACUACUGGGAGCCUAAAACCUGUGCGAGAAUCCGGGAAUGGCUAUGACGAUAAGUUAGUAGAAAUGAUAAAUACAACAAUAGUGGAUAGAAGUCCAUCUGUGAAGUGGGAAGAUGUUGCUGGACUUGACAAAGCUAAACAAGCUUUAAUGGAGAUGGUUAUUUUGCCUACCAAACGAAGAGAUUUGUUCACUGGCCUCAGAAGACCAGCAAGAGGUCUACUUCUCUUUGGUCCACCUGGCAAUGGGAAAACAAUGCUUGCCAAGGCAGUUGCUUCAGAGUCACAAGCAACAUUCUUCAAUGUCUCUGCAUCUUCUCUGACAUCAAAAUGGGUUGGUGAGGCUGAAAAGCUAGUUCGAACUCUCUUCCAGGUUGCUGUCUCCAGACAGCCAUCCGUGAUAUUCAUGGAUGAAAUAGAUAGUAUCAUGUCUACAAGAUCGGUUAAUGAGAACGAAGCAAGCAGAAGGUUGAAAUCAGAAUUUCUUGUACAGUUUGAUGGAGUGGCUUCAAAUCCUGAUGAUUUGGUGAUUGUCAUUGGAGCUACUAACAAGCCUCAAGAGUUGGAUGAUGCUGUACUUAGGAGACUGGUAAAGAGAAUAUAUGUACCCUUGCCAGAUUCAAGUGUUAGAAAGCUACUCCUUCAAACCAAACUGAAGGGCCAAGCCAAUUCAUUAUCCGGUAGCGACCUCGAGAGACUGGUCAGAGAAACCGAAGGAUACUCAGGAAGUGAUCUCCAAGCCUUGUGUGAAGAAGCUGCAAUGAUGCCGAUCCGUGAACUUGGGGCAGAUAUUCUAACCGUCCAAGCAAAUCAGGUGAGACCUCUAAGAUAUGAGGAUUUCAGAAAGGCGAUGACAGUAAUCAGACCAAGCUUGAGCAAAAGCAAAUGGGAAGAGCUUGAAGUUUGGAACUCUGAGUUCGGUUCUAACUGAAUCACUUGUUGUGACCCUUCAGCUCUUAUGUCUUGUCGUGAAUGGCUUCCGUAGCUUCUGUAAAUUGUUAAAUGUCGUGAAAAUUAUACGCCUCUGUAGAGUUCCAAAUUGAAAAAGAAUGUCAUAAUAAUAAUGGAAAUGUUUAUACUC